UUUUAAAUCUUCGCAGCCCGCCUGUUUCACAUUGGCACCGCCCACUUUGGCACGGAGGAGAGCGCUGAUUGGACGUGCCACGCUCUUACUGAAUCGCUCCUGCGCGUUUCAUUGGUGCGCUGCCGCCUUUCCUCUCAGGCUCUCGCGGGGCUGUUUUGUGAAGAUGGCGGCCGAACUGGUAGAAGCGAUGAACAUGGUGAAGAGUUUCCGGGUGUCUGACCUGCAGACGUUGCUGGCCUCUAUGGGGCGCAGUAAAAGUGGGUUAAAGCAGGACUUGGUGGGGCGAGCUUUGAGACUGGUGCAGACAGAAUACAGCCCGGAGCUGCUGAAGAACGUCCGGCAGCUCUACGAAACGCGAUUUCCCAAAGCACCCGGAUGGUUGGCUGCCCGUCGCCCGGAGGGGAUACCAGCAGUGUCCUAUCCGACGAUCAACUCGUCCCCACGAAACAUAGCCCAGGGCACAGACUACCUCAAUGGCAUGCCCAAGCUAGCUGCUCCACCAGCAGCCGAAGUCAAACUAGUGCCCUUGCCCUUUUACCAGAACAUGGAAACGUUGUUGCCACCUACAGAGCUAAUUGCGCAGAAUAGUGAGAAGCUACAGGAUAGUCAGUGUGUUUUUGAACUAACACAGAGCCAAAUAGACGAGAUCCGAAACUCCAGUGAACUUCGCCCAGGAGUGAAAUCAGUCCAAGUGGUCCUUAGAAUCUGUUACACUGACUCCAUUGGUGUUCAGGAGGAUCAGUACCCUCCAAAUAUUGCUGUCAAAGUGAAUCAGUCCUACUGUCAUGUUCCCGGUUAUUAUCCUUCCAAUAAACCAGGUGUGGAACCUCGUCGUCCUUGUCGCCCUAUAAACAUCACCCCCUGGCUUCAUCUCUCGACAGCCACCAACAGAGUCACUAUCACAUGGGGCAACUUUGGAAAGCGGUAUUCCGUGGCUGUAUACCUGGUGAAGGUCUUCACAUCUGCAGAGCUCUUCACUAAGCUCAAGCAGUGCUCAGUAGAGAGCGCUGAGCGAUGUCGUGAACGCAUUCAAGACAAGUUGCGUUUCGAUCCAGAGAGUGAGAUCACCACUACAGGACUGAGAGUGUCUCUCAUCUGCCCACUGGUGAAGAUGCGUCUGGGAGUGCCGUGCCGGGCGCUCACCUGUGCUCACUUGCAGUGUUUCGAUGCAGUCUUCUUCUUGCAAAUGAACGAGAAGAAGCCCACAUGGACCUGCCCUGUAUGUGACAAACCUGCUCCCUUUGAGCUGCUCUCCAUUGAUGGAUUGCUCUCUGAAAUCCUGAAAGAGACUGAGGAUGUGGAGGAGAUCGAGUAUUUGACUGAUGGCUCAUGGAGACCAAUCAGAGACGACAAAGAAAAGGACAGGGAGCGGGAAAAUAACCACACUCCAGAGUAUCCAGUUGUGGAUAUAUGCGUUCCUGAGACGAACGGCCACUCCCCAGCACACAGCAGUACGAGCCAGACGGGACGGUCGGCAUCAGGCGGUGCAACGGCAGGCACAGGUGGUGCCAGUGGACCUUCAGGCGGAGGGGCAGUGGUGGACCUUACGCUGGACGACUCAUCAGAUGAAGAAGAGGCUGGAGGGGGGGCUGGGGACAGCGAGGACACAGACGACAGCCAGGACAGCCCAGCGCCCAAGAGGGGCCGAUACGAUUAUGACAAAGAUCUUGUCACUGCAUACUGAAACAGGCUGCAGAUACGGACAGAGGGAGAGGGGAUAUGGGUUCAGGUCUGAGCCCUAGAAAAAUCCCUUCACUCCCAUCGCUUUCUCUCCUAAAAUGCGUUUCCCCAAAAUACUCAUACAGACAUACGAACACAUGCACAAACUGUUGACCUCUGGAGCGGGUGGGCAUCCUCAUGACACCACUGGAAAUCCAUAGAUGCCCACUAAAGCCAUCCUCUGUCUUCUCCACGGCAUCUUGAUACUGUUUUCUCCCUUUAAAUAACUAUGGAGGAGUUCUAAACCACCCUUGAUUCUUUCUCUUCCAUCUCCCCCACACCUUGUAUUUCCAGCCCAAACCACUGAGCCUCACAGACACCAUAGGCAUUUUUAGCUUUCACCAUAGAUCAGUUCUGUGAGGUGACGCUUAAAAAGAUUUGUUGUCAGCAAUAUAAGGUCAGAAUCGCUAGUGGCGUAUACAGAGACAAAACUGCGAGUUAGAUUCAAAAACUUAAGUAUGGAUUAAAAUGUUACAAACUAUACUUAAUACAGAGGAAUUUCCAUUGGGUUUAGAUAUAUUGUGGAGCAGCUGUUAUCCAAAAGCCAAAAUAACUCUCGGCUCUCGCUGUAAUUCUGCAUGGUUUGGCCAGAUUUGCAAGGUAAGGGUUUGUUUUUCAUAUAUUUAUUUGUCCCCCCUUUAUUUCUCUUUUGUUCCAUGGAAAUUGACAACCUACCUCAGUCAAAAGGCAAACUUGACCACAACUUGAAAGGUUAGACAACAUGACUUGAUUAUUUUUUUUUUAUUAUUAUUAAAUAAAUAAUAAAUACUCUCUAACACUGGAAAGAAAACUCGUUUGCUAUCAUUUCGUGCCCUUAGAAAUCUCACUAAAACAGCCCAGGACUUUUCUCACAAGCGAUGGAUUUCCAAUCAGACUUGCUCACAGACAUGAGCUGCGCUUUAUCUCCCAGCUGAAAUAAGGAAUGCUCUCUCAUAAUCAGUCAACACUUGGAACUGUGAGAACAUUUGAAAUUGAUGUUCCAGCAGGUAAAUAUUGUACAGUAGGAGCUGAUGAUUAUGCAUAUGAACUCAAACGGAUGAUUGCAAGUCUCUGAGUCUCACUUUUGUGGCUUUGAUAACAAAGGCUGUGAAGUAUAUGGAGGUGCUUUCAUGAGAACUUAAAAUUGUGGAAGGCAGGGGGAGGAGAUGGAGUUGAAAAGAAGCCCAGACAUUGCCAAGAAAACAAACGGCCAUUUAAAUCACUCGUAGAAGUAAAUUCAGUGACCGCAUGAACUCUGAUAGGGAUCUAAGUCAUCUAAGCCAAUUGUGCAAUUGUUUUUUCUUUCUUUCAAGUCAGUCAUGUUUUUUUUCCCCUUCCCCUUAAUUGGACCUUUUGGUUUGAAACUGAUAGGAGACUUUGUUUCCACUGUGAGCCCUGUGAAUCAGACAUUGAUGUUGGAUGUCAUUUAUUUUUGUUGUGAGAUGGAUCUGUUGGCUUAAUCUCGUGAUAUGGAAUCGGUAAUCAGUGUAACAUGCGACAUUCUUCUUUUUUGGCAUUUGAAAAUUUGUAUUUAUUGUUUUAAUCACUUGUCUUUGAAUAGCAUUCUGUAUUAUUUGUACAUAUUGAGGCGUUUGAGAAGGGUGCAGUGCUAUUGGAAGUGCUAGUUUUUGGAAGGGAAAGAAAUAUGGUUCAGAGGCUGGUUCUGAUUACUGGGUUAGAUACUAGAUUUUGUUGUAUCCAUUCACAGAAGUCGCAGAAGUCUGUAAUCCACUCGCCUGUGGGCUAGUCAUGUGACACUAUAUACAUGGGGAUGGAGGCUGACCACUUGAAAGGGGACUCAAGGUUUUGGUUCAGAGUCCAUCUCAUCUCAUUCAAAUCAUUCGAUUAGCGAGCCAUAAUACCUGAGUACCAGGUACAAUGUUAGCAAGAAGGGGCUCACAGCUUGCAAAUCAAUUUCCGUGAGUAGGAAGAGAAACCACUGCAUAAUGUCUACUGCUCUGAGUGACACGCCUGCCCCCCCCCCCCCUCCCCCUCGAAUUCUAACUUGAAAACAGUGUCAGUACUGUAUUCCAUCUCUGCAAGGGAAUGUCUUAACUGAAAACCAUAACGAUGAAGAAAGUCAAUUUUCAUUUUGAUUUGUGAGUCUGCAUAUGGUCUUCCAUGUAUUGUCCACAAUAUACAAUAUAAUAGCUUCAGGUUUUUUGUUGAGAAGCAAAAGUGCUCAUGUUGGCAUGUUCUUUUCUCUUUUAGUCCCUGUUUUUUGUCCUCCAACUGGACCACAUUUUGCCUUUUUUUUUUUUUUUUUUUUUUUUUUUUUUUUAUAAAUUAGGACCUUCAUGAAUAGAUUUCCAUUCUAUGCUUAUUAAAUUUGUUAGAAGAGAAUUGGAUAGAUAAAGGUUCAUUUAUAUGAAGUAGAAUGACUUUCAGCUUCUCGAGUGUCGAGUCUCUGUGAUGAUGAUUUUUUUUUUUUGUUGUUUUUUUUUUUUAAAUCUGUGGUUUGACCUGAAGUGGGAUUGGAGGUGAAUCUUGAUUGGUGACAUCCCUUCUUAUUACAGUGCUUGAGAUAGCAUGGGCAGUGGCUUGCAAUGUAAUUGUUUUUGUGUGUCUUUUUACAUGUUUAUUAAAAGCCAAUAAAAAAUAAAUAAUAUUUUAUCAAAUUUCGAAUUGCCUCCAAUUUGCUCCAGUGGGUGGUCUUGGAUCAAAUUUUAGUGGUUUGUUUCUGCCACUUUCAGAAGCGAUAAUUAAAUCAGCAAGCGAUAAUUAAAUGCCCUCUGCAAUGGAUUUGGCUGUGGAGUCAAGUAUUUGGUGGUCCCUGUUUAAAUGGAAAAACAUGUAAAAAGUUAAAGGACAUCAUACUGUCAUCUAUGUGUGCAAUGAAUUAAACUGAUUUUAAAAAAUGUAGUGUUUGGCUUUCCAGUGUCCUUUUUUAAAUAACCAUUUGUAGGAAUGGUCCUGGGUUCGAUCCUGAGCUCAGCUUCCUGUCUGUUGGAUUUUCUCUGGGUUCUUCACUUUUCUUACCACCGCCCCAAAAACAUGCCAGUGGGUGGAGUGGUAACUUUAAAUUUGGGAGUGGAGUGGAGUGAGGCAAUGUGAUGCCCAGGAUGGGAAUAUGCGCAGUGUUCAGAGCAUAGGCACCACCCUAACUAGGAUAAAGUGGUUACUUAAGAUGAAUGUUUUAUACCAUAAUUAGCUCAGUUAAACAAAAGCUUAUCAAUGAACAAAUAGGCCCUACUGAGGGUGGGAUCUAAAGUUAAACAAGACAAUUACUGCAUCUUUCCACUAGAUGUCAUACCUAGUACACAAAAACAACUUACUAGAAACCAUCCAUUAUUUAAAGUCUGUUCACUUGUUAGUACCGAGACCUACUUACCCAUCUUGCAGCACUUGUAUCAUUGUUGUGUCCUUUAUGAUUGGUGUAUAUUGCACCUCUGUUUGAAGGUAACUGUGAUAUAUGUUCUAGUACAACUUGUUCCUGAACAUUUUGCUCAAUCGGUACAAUCAUCAAUGUGUACCUUUUUUUCUUUUUCUUUUUUUUUUUUAAAAUUCUCCCUCACCUGUGCAGCUUGAAACUUCUUCCAGAUGCUUCCAGACAGGAAGCUGUUGUGUAGCUUUGCAAUCCAGUUUUAAAAAACACUGAAAAAUUAGCUAAGCCCAAACAAAUGUUACUAACUAUCUAAUGGCAUUAUCUAACUCCGAAAGCUAGAUAGCUACAAAGACAAAGUACAGUCUUUAUAUAAGUGAGUGAUGGAAGAUACAGUUUCUAUAUAAUGGAACUUUCACAACAUUUUCAGUGGAUAUAAAAAGUCUACAGACCCCUGUUAAAAUGGCAGGUUUUUGUGAUUUAAGUAAAUAAAACCGAGAUAAAUCACGUCAGAAGUUUUUCCAUUCACAAUGUGAAAUUACAAUGUAUAAAAGUUAAGUGGAGAACAAACAUUUUAGGGGGGGAAGGAAAAAAUAAUAGAACCUAUAAUAACCUGGUUGCAUGAGUGUGCACACCCCUAAACUAAUACACUGUUGAAGCACCUUUUGAUUUUAUUAUACCACUCAGUCUUUUUGGCUAAGAGUCCAUCAGCGUGGCACAUCUUGACUUGACUCUUUUCCCACUCUUUCUUGCAAAAACAUUCUAGAUCUGUCUCCUGUGCUCUCCUGUGCACAGCCUGCUUCAGGUCACCCCACAGACUUUUAGUCGGAUUCAGGUCUGGGCUCUGGCUAAGUCUUUCAAAAACAUUGAUCAUCUUUUGGUUAAGCCA